UCAGGAGCAGCAAAAAACACCAGAUGAGAGGCCGACCUCACAGUGUUCUGAUAGAGUGUCUGUGGCAUCUGCUUCAUGGAGAACAGUGGAGAAUGUACUGAUGGACAAACUGUGUGAGCAGCUCAGUUCAGUAGUGGCAGCUCUGAAGCUGUGUGACUGUCAGCACACUGGAUAUGUUGCACAGGAAGAUCUGAAGGAGGUCUUAAGCUGCUAUGGCGUGCCCAUCUCAGACACACACUUCAACAAGCUCUGUGAGACAUCCAGCUGUAGACCUGGCAGUUCUUCUAAGCUUGUUUAUUACACUGGCUUUCUCAAAAACCUGGGUGUUCCACUAACAGAUGAAACACACGCAUCAUCAUCCCAUGAGGAGAGUUGCCAUACUGAGAGGCCAUGCACAUCACCUUCAUCAACCCCACAGUCAGUCAGGGGACAGAGGACUUCCUCCAGCCUGCAGGUCGGUCCAGACACCUGCAACAUCUUGGACAUUGUCUUCCAGAGGAUGAGACUGAGGUUAGAGCAACACCACACCAGCCUGACUGACCGCGUCCAAGUCGUCACCCACAGCUCUGAUGGGACGCUGUCAGAGACAGAUGUACGAAAAAUACUAGAAGACAGCUGGGUCAUCUUAGACAAUGAGAAUUUCAACAAGUUCACUGAACUGCUGGGCUUCAGGGACGGACAGAUGGAGUGCUCGGUGUUCCUGGCGAUGUAUGAGGAGGGCGUGGCCAGGGCCGGGCAGCAGGACUCUGAGGGUCAUGGUGACAAGGAUGAGGUCAACCCCCAGCUUACUUCUGCUGAGCAGUGCCUGGCUGUCAUGAAGACCCGGAUCAAGACCAUCCAUGGGGACAACCUGACAGCGUUCCUGAUGGACAGGAAACGUAAAGGCGUGGUCCGCUGCCAUGAUUUCAAGGUGUUGUACAACAGCCUGGGAAUUUUUCUGCAGGGAGGGAGAGUACCAGCGGUCCUGGAUCUGAUCGGCCUGCAUCCCGAAAACCUCAACUACACAGAAUUUGUCGAUGUUAUUGAAAAUAAUGGCAAGCGAAACAAGGGAACACAAACAGUUAGUGGUUGGCUUAAGGUUUCCAUGGAUGAUGAGUGCAAGAGGCUAGCUUACAUGGAUUUCCUGUCUGCAUUUGACCAUAAACCAGAGAAGUAUGAGCCUCCUCCUGCAUCCCCUGAUUCUGUGCGUCAGAUAGAGUCUUUGGACAGCCUCAGUCCAGCCGUGGCUCUGGCUAGGAUGCAAGAACUAGUUGCUGCCUCAGCAACUAAUCUGUACAAGGCAUUCUUGGCCUUUGACCGGAGUGGGACAGGGAUGAUUAAAUCGCUGGAAUUUCGUCAGGUGCUGGAUAAUUUUUGUGGCCACUUAUCAGACAAACAGUACAGAUACAUGCUGACCAAACUGGAGCUGGACUGUGAGAACUGCACUGUUAACUGGAAGGACUUCCUUAACAAGUUUCAAUCACAGAGCCUACUGAUGUCAGCAGACAGUUGCCUGAUCAGGACUUGUGAGAAAGGGGCUAAAACCAGAUCAGGACGGACCAAGACCUCUGAAAAUACAAAGCACCUGCAGCAGAUCCAGGAAGUCGUCUCAGGUCACUUGUAUGAAAUCAGCAGAGAGCUGAUGGAUUUGGACCCAUCCAACAGCACAACAGUCUCUAAAGAGCAGUUCAGACAGCUGUGUGAUCGGCACAGCCUGAGACUCACAAAUGAUCAGUUUGAGUGUGUGUGGAGUCAGAUGCCUGUGAAUGAGCAGAAGAAGCUGCAGUACAGAGAGUUUCUGAAGCGAUUUGGUGCUCUAGGCAGGUUCCCCCAUACAGAAGCACGGGGUCCCACCAACAGUGUCCCAUUGCCUUCACCUGAGCCCAGAGAAACUGCAGGUGCCAUUCUGCAACGCACUACGUCUGCCCCCCAGUGCACCUCCAGGCAUCCUCCCUCAGUGGGGAGGCCAGGAACAGGAAGCCCGCUGGGCAGCACAGAGAGGACGCUGCGUGGGGCGGUGCAGCACUGCUGGAAGGAGAUCCAAAGAAAGUGUGCCAAGGAAGACCCUCAGCAGGAGGGUCACCUCAGCACUACCUCCUUCCUGGAGAUCCUCCACUCUCUCAGCAUUGAUGUGAGUUGGGAGCAGUUUGAGCAUCUGGCUGUGAAGUUUGACAUCAUGAAUAAUGGCUGUGUUUCAUAUCACAACUUCCUCCGUCACUUCCUCCUGAACCUUAAACCAGCAGAGACCAAGAGGGCAUUUGAGCGACGUAAACUCCCACUUCUUAUUACACCGACAAGCCAGGGUGUUCUGAGCAAAGACUGUGUGGAGGUCAUGCUGAGGAUCUACGAUGUGGUCUGCUCCUCCUGGACCUCCAUCAGACGCUGCUUCCUGACAUCGGACCACACCCGCACGGGAAUGAUGUCAGUGCGGGACUUCAGGAAGGUGCUGUGCCAUUUCAGCGUGAAUCUGUCGGAGGAGGAGUUCUUCCACCUCAGCUCCUACUUCGAUGCCAACACCACGGGGAAGAUCUGCUACAACAACUUCCUCUGGGCGUUUCUUCACUGACCUUCACUCUGAUGCCUGCAACUGCUUCAGGAAGCAACCAGCUAGGUACCUGCUGCCCUUCCUUCUUGGCGGAGUUGAACAAAGUUCCAUAUCUCCUGCAUUUUUGUCUGACUUUUCUUAUAUAACAUACCAUUGUUUAUCAUUAAAUAUCAGGAAUAUCAAGGAAAUUCUUAUAUGCAAGUUGUGUGUCUAUUUUCGGGAUUACUUAUAGAAAGCAAGAUAACCAAGAUUUAUUAUUUGUUAGAUGAUAUAAAUCUAACAGAUUUUGUCAAAAGCUUUGAAAUUUUUUGUUGAAAAAUCUAAACUAUCUGUAUAUUACUGGGUCUCUCCUCAUAAGAGCUUCUAUUUCUUAAAGAGAAACAGUUCAAUCAGUCUCCAUUCUGUUUCUAUGAUUCAUUUCCACCUGGAAACUGACACAGUUCUUGGGGGUUCAGAUACAUUCCAUGCUUUAUUAUUUGAAUGGAUAAUUCAGUGACACGUUUACAGAGCUUUGUGUCACAUCCCUUACAUGUGUACACAUACUGUAUUUAUUUGUAAAAGCCUGAAUCAGACAUAUGUGAUUUUAAAGCACAUGCAUUUUGUUUUUUCUUGCAUAUAAAUAAA